CCAUCGCCCUGCUGAUACCAGGACGUCUGGGAUGCAGUAACACAUCGUGUGUUGUCUACUGAGAUCAUAUUUGUAUAUUUCUAGGGAAAACAAACAAUACAUUGCGGAUUUGGCAUAUCCAUCAAUCGGAUGCAAGCAGAGCCAGGCCCAACUUAACAAUGGGCCCCAUGACCCUGUGUGUGCUGCUCCCGGUGACGGUGCUGGCUGUGGUGGUGGCUAUAGCUGCUGAGGGCAAUGCGGUGGACGACGAGUACACCUGGCCUCAGUGGAAGGUUCCUCUGCUAAGAACAAGACGCACUGUGCCUCUAAGCAACCCAAACUUCUCAGCCCAUCCUCAGCCGGAGCUGAGUGGCACCUGUGGGAUCGAGUGUCAGCGCCGCCUCCCCGCCAGCUCCCUGAGCGACCUGGAGCAGUUCCUGUCCUACGAGACGGUGUACGAGAACGGCUCGCGCACCUUUACCUCAGUUUCCCUGCAGGGCCUCAACGAGGUGACCGCCUUGCCCGGGAACAUCUCGUCCAGCUCCCGCCGCAAACGCGAGGUCUACGGCACCGACACCCGCUUCAGCAUCUCAGAUAAGCAGUUCUCCACCAAGUAUCCCUUCUCCACCUCCGUGAAGAUCUCCACAGGAUGCUCCGGGGUUCUCGUGUCACCGAGACACGUGCUCACCGCCGCCCACUGCGUCCACGACGGGACGGAUUACCUGGACGGGGUGCAGAAGCUGCGCGUUGGUAUUCUGAAGGAGAAGUCCAGACGAGCGAAAGGAGGCAAAGGGAGAGGAGGCCGAGGAAAGGGCAAGCGGAGGAAGGGAGACAAGGACGAAGAGGAAGUGGACCAGAAGGAAGAUAAUGGAGGGAAAGGGGACCGGAAAGGGAAAGGUCGAAAGAGCCGCAGUCGGCGAAGUGCGGAAUCAGGGAAACCUUCGUUCCGGUGGACCGGAGUGAAGAAGACCCAGGUGCCGAAGGGCUGGUUCAAAGGUGUGUCUGAUGGACUGACUGCGGAUUACAACUACGCUGUUUUGGAGCUGAAGAAAUCCCCAAAGGUCAAGCACAUGGAUCUGGGUGUUAUCCCUUCGGUGAAGAAGCUCCCAGCCGGGAGGAUCCACUUCUCUGGCUUUGAUGACGACCGUCCCGGCAACCUGGUUUACCGGUUCUGCUCCGUCUCGGAGGAGUCCAACGACUUGCUUUACCAGUACUGCGACGCCAAGCCCGGCUCCAGCGGCUCCGGGAUCUACAUCCGCCUCAAAGAGCCCGGCAAGAAGCAGUGGACCAGGAAGAUCAUUGGGGUUUUCUCCGGUCACCAGUGGGUGGAUGUAAACGGGAACGGGAUGCAGCAGGAUUACAACGUGGCGGUGAGGAUAACGCCUCUCAAAUAUGCCCAGAUCUGCUACUGGGUCCACGGGGAUUCGAGUGAGUGCCAGGUGGUCUAAGAAAAACACAAUAUCCGUCCCCUUAAACCAGCACCUCUCUCUGCAAGGGACACCCCACCUAU